CCUCCCCCUCAUCUUUGCCACGCCUCUUUCCCAGAUCUCGCCCAUCACCCGCACUUCGCCGUUCUUGGCGCCCUGUCUAUCAACACACCCUUUGGGAAACAUGUAGGAACAUGUAACUCGGAAGGAGUAAAGGGAAAGGGCAGGAACAUACGGAAGGAAGCCAGGGAAUAUAGGGAGCUUACAUACAGUACGCAUAGAGUGAGGGAACACGGAAACACACAACGGGACUUGCGGAACACAGGCAACUUAGGGGAAUAUAGGGCUGGAACGUUACCAUCGUCGCCGUCAUUACCAUUACCGACAAACAAAAACCAUAUUACACAUCACCAACUGCCAACAAACAAACUACCAGCCAGUACCAACCAACUCCUCCGACUACUCCUCGAUCGUACCUCACUCCCUCCCGUCAUUCUCCCUAAGCCGUCCAUCCUUGCUCUUUCCCCCUUCUUUGCUCCUUGCCCCUUCCUCCUUACUCUUUGCCACCUUGUUAUCAGUACCAUCACCACAACUAUCACUACUUCCAUCACUACCACCAUCACCACCAACUUUCUCUGCAUUCUUCCAUCGUCACAUCACAUCACCUCAUACACGAACCAACAACCUCCCUAUCACUCUUCCUGCCCUACCCCUUGGUCCCUCGCCAUUCCCCUCGCGGCAUCUCCUGCCCUCGCCGCCCCGAUCAACCCUUCCCUAGGUGUCUUACGACAUCAAAACGUACCAUCCUCUAUUGCGGUACCUAAGACAUCGUUCGACGAGCCACGGUUCGGUGUGCCACGAUUGCUGAGACUAAAAACCACGCCGCUCUUCUCUUAAGCCAUCCAACUGCUGAGAAAUAGAAAAGUGUCGAAGACAGCUGUUGCAUUGGAUCAUUUCAUCUGCCCACCUUGCUACUAGCCUACCUAUAUCUAUCUAUCUACCUUGCAUACCCUACCUCUCCCUUUCCAUCCUGACGACAUUUUUAUCAUCUUUUUAUUCAAAUAUCAACCUAUUCUGCCAUCAUUAUACAUCACUAUCCUUCGAUACCCACCAUAUCCGCCAUUGACCAUCACACUUGCUGUCACGGUACGCUGUAUACCCAAACGACAGCAAACUCGGGAUAACAACGGCGUUCACGAUCGUUGCCUUGCGACCUGCCUCGCCAAUCCUUUGCGACUUGCGACCUGCCGCUUGUGACUACGAAACUUGGCUCCUCGUUCAUUCCCACCGCUCCGUCGCGACCAACUAUACCACCAUUCAUCCUCAUUCUCGGUUCCUGUGUAAUGUUGGUGCGCAUCACUCCCUCGGCCGAAUCAAUCUGAAACGUCCAAAACUCGUUGGUGUUCUGACCAACGACCCACCAAAGAAACAGCGUCCCCCACACAGUCCGAUCAAUCCUUAUCGACGGCUCUUCGGACACUGCCCUCUCCCCUCCCCUCCUCCACCACCCCCCCCCCACAUACACACCAUCAUAGCUCUUCCCCACUGCGUCGUGGACAGACGUCGGUCGUCGACAUCGCAUCCCCUCACCGCCGUCGAAACACCCUCCGUUGAACGUCAUUCCACACGUCGAGCCUGUCAUACACAACAACUACGGUCAGCCGUAGGCAGGCGCUGACAAAGCUACACUUCAUCCCGUACCUACCAACUUCGAGCCAAGGUUGCGCCAGCCCUGGGUUGUGGCCGCUCCUGGUCCCGCGGUUGACUUUGGAUAUGACAGCCUACACCUACAUGUGGCUCCCAACAAAGCUCUUGACCCACUGAACGACAAGUCUUAUACCUCAGGAGACGCUCCUCGAGCCUUCGACCUCGUGCCAUAAGAUCGUCCCAUCUCGUCCGGUCGAAGGCGGGAUAAUCUACACGACCCGGAAGCGAGGCAACCCAUUUCCAGCUGGGUGGCGACACAAUACAUACACCUGGUUAUGGCAGCGUUUCAAUCUGUCAAUGCGGCCUUGACCCCCCCGAGGUCCUUUUUAAAGCAAGAGGACGGGCCGUCGGCCGCAACAGAACACAAUGCUGGGCCAAGUUCCGCCGGUCCAUCGACGUCGAAACUGGACGAUGCAAAGACACCUACCAAGUCUAGCUUCGCGGCCUUACCGUCGCAUAAUGACUCCAAGGCAGGGGAGCCCUCAUCGGCCGCCAGCACUUCGGAGUUCAAGAAGGCCGCAAAGCGCGAGAGCGCACAGUACUCGAUGAAGUCGCGAGAUUCCGAAGAUGUAGAUAUGGACGACUCGGAUGGAGAUGAUGAUGGGUCGGAUGAGGAUAGCGUAGCUGCGGAUGGGACGCGGUCGACGAAAAAGAAGAAAUCCCAACGAUUUUUCUGUACAGAAUACCCACCUUGCAAUUUGAGUUUUACUAGGAGCGAGCAUUUAGCACGGCAUAUACGAAAACACACCGGGGAACGCCCCUUCCAGUGCCACUGUUCACGGCGCUUCUCGCGGCUUGAUAACCUACGACAACAUGCCCAGACCGUUCACGUAAACGAGGAUAUCCCCGGCGACUCGCUCGCAGCUAGCAGUACGCGGUUCCAACGUCAGAUACGGUCCGAUCGUGUAAGGCCCGCAGCUAAUCGCUCGCGGGCGAGCACGUCGAGCACUCAGCCCGGGCAGCCUCGAGGCCAUACAAGGAAUUCCCUGUCAGCCUCGAGUAUCGGGUCCAUCUACGCGGGUCGUGAGGAUCCACGUCGCAGGCCGGCGCCACUCAUCAUGGCCGGCGACCCGCGGUCAAGGGUUUCGUUCGAUAGCUAUGCGUCUACGGAGGGCCCCUAUGUAUCGUCGAGUGGCUUCGUCAACAGUGGUUUCAACACUCCUACGUCAUCACGGUACUCGGGGGGUUAUGACAGUUCGCAGUGGAGCUCGGCCAUGGGAUCACCAGUCCGCGGCCAUUCCAGAACGGCAAGCAUGUACUCGGAACGUCGAAUGGCUGGUCGCCGCCUAUCCGUGCCGUCCUCAGAGAACCCUUUCGGGCCCCAAGGCUUUGGGCCGUCGUCGUUCGGACAGUCAACGCUCGCACCACUGAGCUCUGGCAGCCAGGAGUCCUUCUCGCCAUCAGGAAGCAUUAUGGCAAGCCCAACUUCGUCCGUAGGCUCGUCAUGGUCGAGGCGGGAGUCCCUCGCCAGUGCCGCUGAUGACUAUCGCCGCCGUACGUGGCACCACCCUGAGUCGCAGCCGGGCUUUACUAGUAGGCUGCAAAAUGUUAUGUCUUCUACCUCCCACCGCCCCACUCCCCCGGCAUCAGUUGCCUCCGCAGCCAGUGGUCAGAUCACCCUCCCCGGAAUCGAAUCCUUCCUAUCACGUCCUGUGACCCCACCCCGCCGUAACCCCUCGCCAAUGGAACUCGACACGCCGACCCGUCCUGAGUACGCCUGGUCUGACGACCGCUCUAUCGCUGCUGCCAGACAAUGGGACUCUAGCCUUCCACAUAACUUUACGCGCCUCGAGAUUGCCCAGCAAACAUCCCGUCCCGAUGAUGCCAGCGCCUGGGCUACAGACGCUACACGUGCCGUGCAGGAGCGCGCAGCGCAACAGUCACAAGUGUCUCCUCGCCCCCAGCCGCGCGUAAGUUUCAGCACUACGACCUACCCAGCCCAAGAACCCCCACCCCGGCACCCAAACCACCACAUUAGUGCCCCGCCCCUAACUCCGCGCGACUCCAAGAGACAGGGUUGGUAUGCGGGACCGUUGCCGCAGCGCCAGCGCCCGUCUCCGGAAGGGGGGUCCAGUAGUUCCGAUAACGGAAUUCCUGGGACGCCGCGCAUGGCGGGGCAUGGGGAUUACGGGCCCGUGAUCGUCCAGCAACCCAGUGGGGGGUGGGACGAGCGCGAUCGGGAGGGCCAGCGGGCGGCGGGAGAGCAAGGGGGGCAGAUGCGGCAGGAGCAGGGACGAGGUGGAAACGGGCCGGGUCAGGGACAGGGGCAGGGUCAGGAGUUUAAAGGGGGGAUCCCGGCGGCGAUAGGGCAGGCGUAUGCGGCGUACGGGGCCGUGACGUUGCCGCCGCCGGUGGAAGCGGUGAAGGCUGAUGAUGGGAUGUUACGCCUAGAGGCGCUUGUGGCUGUGGCGACAGGGGAGAGUGGUAAUAAUGCGGCAGCAGCGUAUUAGGACGUUCUUGUCCUAUUGUCCUAGCUGCCGUGCCACCUCUCCCUCGUCGUCUUGUCGCAGUCGUCCCUUCUGCGUCCCCUGUUAGGGGGCUGCAAAAUAGAAGGAGGGAAAGGAUUUGUGCAGACGGAUGAAUAAAGUCAAGAAAGAGGGGGGAUAUAGGAAAAGGAAGGAACCGGGAGCGGUUCUGGAUUCUAAAUAUGACUUACAUGAUCCGAUCUGGGCACAUCCCCCGGCCUCCAUUACACGAUUUUUUUACAGUGUUUGGAAGAGGAUAGGAAGACAGAUGGGGUCUGCUUUCCUUGGCCGGGUUUUACACAUUAAUUUUCCUUCUCUUGGCGUUAUGAUUUUAACGACCUUGAUAUUCUCAUGCUUGUAUUUUUUCCCAUAUUAUUUUUCUUUGGGAUAACGAGCCCUCCUCCAACUACGAGUCCCACUUGGUCUGGAACGGACAUGGUCGCAACCGCGCGUCAGCUCCGCAAUACGUACAAUUCACUGCGCUGUACAUAACAAAUCCCUCCACCUCCGCGCUGGAACCCUCAACCUCAACGCUCCGUCGGUUCUCCCAAACUACACUCGCUUCUCGGCACUUGUAUGUUUCCUUUUUUGGGAGGUUUUGGGUUUUUGGCGAAGGUGGUAGGAGGUCAGACUGGGUGGGAUUUUAGGUUCUGGGUUUUGGGGGUCUUUCCUUUGGUUUGUCUCGCAGGAUUUGGAUAUACCCAGUUUACUUUCGUUUACGAUCGUCCGCCCCUUUCUCUGGGCGAGGCUAUAGCUAGGGAGGGGGAAUGCAUGGGCGUUAAUUUGGGAGGAGGAUGGGGGUUGGGUGAGGCUGUGGCGUGGUGGUGGUGUGUGUAAUGAGGUGUGGGAUCAGGUGAACCAUCCGGUGAUAGUCGGUGCCAAAAGCGCGCGACGGGUAUGAUGUUAUGAAAGGGGCCAGCGGGGAGUAUUUGUUAGUAGCAUGAAGGUUAUGUUGUUGUGGAUUAGUAUUUGAUGGCUUGCGUGCGAGUGUCUGUGUACGUAUUUAGUAAUCCAAGGCCAAAGUUUGGGAUCAAGACCCACGUACCAAGAAAGGUAGUUGUUGCAUAGAGAUCAAAAUCAAAAUUUUAUAUUCGU